CUUUUUCCUAAACAAUCUAAAACUGUGCGGUAGUAAAAAAUAAAUAAAAACCAAAACCAUAAACAAACACAAACAUCCCAAUCCAGCAAUCAUCAUCUCUCGUCCCCUCUGCUGCUCUUCUUCUUCCUUCUUUCAUUCUCGACACAAAACCGGAACCAAAACGCCAAAGAAAUAUAAAAGAGAGAAGUGAGAGUGGGUGGUGGAUGGCAAAAACCAACAAGUUCACGUCCAUAAACUUCAACCACAUCUACGAGAAAAACCUCUCCACCAAUUCCAAAGCCAACGCCAAUAGCAAAGGCCCUUCUCCUUCUUCUUCCUCUCCUUCUUUCUCAUACUCUGCCAUUUCUUCACCCCACAACAAUGCCCAUGGCCGCAUGCUUGUCCUGACCCGACCCACCCCCAAACCCAUCUCCAUCCCACCGCCCCUUUCGUCUCAACCUCAACCGCAACCGCAACCGCAGCAACCCCAUCUCCAAUCCCCAUCUCAACAAACCCGGCAGCUACCCGAUCAGAUCCGGGCUGAUCCGCGUUCCGAUGCAAUCUCGCUUCGUCCUUUAGGCCGAACCGGUUCGAGCCCGCCCAUAUUGUCUCCGGUUCCGAGGCACAAGGAAGCUCCGGGCUUGAUAUUGUCGCCGAAACCGGACAAGUUCGUGCCGCCUCAUCUCAGGCCGGGUUUUGUAGCGAAGGAAGAGCGCCCCAGACCGGUUCAGAAGCAUUUUGGAGCUCCGGUUCAGUAUGGGGAAGAUGACCGGCCCAAGUCGGGUGGUGGGAAUGAUAGGAUAACUCGGCCGAGAUCGAGCGGGAAACGACCGACUUCCAGUGGAUGAUUUUGCUAUGAGAUUGAAUACCUUCCUGAGGACGAAGAUGGAACUGCCAUGAUACCACAGUGAGAUUUCUAUGCUGACCAGCUGCUAUCUUAUGAACCUCUGGAACUUGUUCUGACUUUCUGAAGAAUCAUUAGAAUUUCAACUUGUUGAAAUACAGGAUUCAACCGUGUUGCAUUGCACCUUCUGACCCAGAUGACAGCAAUUUUUAAAUUUUUUGUUUGAAAUUUUGUAGUGUUGUACAAAAAAGGAAAGGCUUGAGCACCCAAGCCCCUUUUUUUUCUGCUUGGUGGUUGUCUCUGUUUAUACCAUUAAAGGAGAGACCAAGGUGUGUAUGGGAUGUAUACUCUACAUGUGUGUUAUUUACUUAUCAACUGCAUUUGAAGGUGAGCA